CUUGUUUCUUUCUCUCUCUGAAAAACGGAGAUGGUGGCCUCCUCGUCUUCUUCGUUGUCCUCGUCGGACUCGUCGUCGGGUUCUCGGCGCCGUCAUCGCCGCCGCAACAACCGUAGCCGCCGUGACAGGGAUAAAGACAAAGACAAAGAUGCCCUCAAGAUCCGGAAGAGGACCAGCCGUAGCUCCCACGGCAAACGACGCCGUAGACACCGCCACCACCACUCGUCUUCUUCCGAUUCUUACUCGUCGUCGUCCGAUUCCGACGAUUCCAGAAGUGAUAGCUCUUCAGACAGUGAACCGGAAACAUCUAGUCAGUCAAAGAGGCACAAGAAGAAUGACAGACAGAAGAAGAGCAAAGAAAAGGAGCAGAGCAAGAGUCAUCGGCAUAAACAUCAUAGGAGUAAACUAAAAGAGAAGCAGCAGAAUGAGAGAAAUAGCAGCCCUGUUCGGCUUUCAAAGUUUUUAGGGCGUGACAAAGAUGAUGGAGUGCGUCGCAGUGCUGUCUCUGGCAAAAAGAUUCUGUUGAAACUUGACAAAUCAAAGGAGGACAAGGCCGCAGAAAACAAACGCAAUGAAUUGCUGAAGUUCUUGAAUGCUAGUUUCGACUGACGAAGGACAAGAUUGCUGGAGACAAAAGGAAUGAACUGUUAAGGUUAUCGAAUGCUACUCUUGAUUGAUGUUGUCGAGUCUUUUAGUUCAUGGAAUCAGGAAACAAAUGAAGGAACUGUUCAGUUCAAAGAUUAUUUCUCCUUAUUUUUUUAUGUUUUUGUUACUGAUGAUGAAUGUACAACAUUGUCAAGUUGGAUUCAUGAGUGAGCAAAUUAGAACUUGGUCGAACCAUAUAUUAUU